AUGAAAAACAAUAAAGAUGUUGAGAUAGAUGAGUCUUUGUAUUCCAGGCAGUUGUAUGUUGUUGGAAAGGAUGCAAUGAAGAAGAUGAUGAGCAGCAAGGUGCUUGUGAUGGGGCUUGACGGGCUUGGACAAGAGAUUGUGAAGAACAUAUGCCUGGCUGGCGUGAGUAAGGUUGUUCUUUUUGACGACAGAGCGGUUAGUGAAGAAGAUUUGUGCACUGGGUUUUACUUCAGAAGGGAAGAUAUUGGAAAGCCUAGAGAUGCUAGUGUAGUAAACAGGUUUAGAUUGAUGAACGAGUAUGUUGAUGUCAGCGUUGCUGGCGAGGUGAAAAGCUUUGAAGAAUAUGAUGUUGUUGUUGUGUGCAAUGAGGGGUAUGGGGAGCAGAUACGGUUGAAUGAGAUGGCAAGGAAGGACAAAUGCAUGUUUAUUGGGUGCCAGGUAAGAGGGUUAUUUUCGCAGGUGUUUUGUGAUUUUGGAGCCGAAUUUAUCUGUGUUGACAGGACUGGGGAGAUACCUGCGAGUGGAAUGAUUAAUGACAUAAGUGAGGAUGGUGUGAUGACUGUUGUUGACGGGCAGAGGCAUAAUCUGGAGGAUUACGAUAUAAUCAAGAUAACACAGUGCGAGGAGUAUGAAGGAAGGUACUUUAGAGUCAAGGUUGUUUCGCCAACCCAAGUGAUGUUGCAGAGUGUUGAUGGUGUUAGGAUGUUUGAGGAGGAGGUCGAGUUCAGGGCAGAGAAGUUUAAGACUGUGUAUGGAGGGGACUUUGAGCAGCAGAAGAAGCCCACGAUGAUAUCCUUCAAGCCUCUUGGGAUGACCAUUGACGAGCCGAGUAUCCUUGGAUUCAACCAUGAGGUUGAGGAAAGGAACCUUGUUGUUCACAAGUGCUUUGUUGCUCUUGGAGAAUACAUGGAGCAGAACAAGCAAGAGCCUGAUGGGGAGGGGUUUCUGUCAUUUUUUGUUAAGAAGUAUAAAGGCCAUUUUGAGUUUGAAGGACUGAUAAGAUCCUUUGGGAGGCAGUGUAUGGGAACGCUUAUGCCCAUGUGUUCUGUGGUUGGAGGAUUUGUGGCCCAGGAGAUUUUGAAGGGCGUGGGAAGUAAGUUUACGCCUUUACACCAAUUCUUUUACUUUGAUGCUGCAGAUGUUGCUCCUGGGGACACUGAGGAAGAUGGGAAGGAGUAUGGCAGAUAUGGGCCGAUGGUGAGAUGCCUUGGGAAGGAGAGUGUCGAGAAACUCUUCAAUCUGCAUGUUUUUAUGGUUGGUGCAGGAGCCAUUGGAUGCGAGCAUCUGAAGAACAUGAUUAUGUGCGGGAUUGGGCACAACGGCAGAAUAAGUGUUACGGACAUGGAUGCGAUUGAGCAGUCGAAUUUGAACAGGCAGUUCUUGUUUAGGUCUGGGGAUGUGUCGAGUAUGAAGGCAGAGGUUGCUGUGAGAGAAGCUGUGGCGCUGAAUCAGGACUUUUUGAGAAGUAUGGGUGGCGAGAAGAAGCCAGAAGAAAAGGGUGUCUGCAAGAUGAUAGAUGGAAUGUCCAAAAACGAUUCUUCGCACUCAAAUCUUGUUUACUACAACCUGAAGGUCGGGAAAGAAACAGAGGAGGUGUUUAGCGAUAGGUUUCUUCAGUCUGUAGAUGCUGUGGCAACUGCGCUAGACAACGUGGAUGCAAGGAUGUACAUUGAUGGAAGGUGCGUCGUAAAUAGGAGGUUCAUGGUGGAUGCGGGUACAUCUGGUACAAAAGGGAAUGUUCAGGUUGUUGUUCCUUUCCACACCGAGAGCUAUGGGUCUAGCCAGGACCCUCCCGAAAAGUCGAUUCCUCUGUGCACGAUCAAGAACUUUCCAUAUGCUAUAGAGCAUACAAUUGAAUGGGCAAGAAGUGAGUUUGAGUUCAAGUUCCAUGACGAGAUACUUCUUAUAAAGGAAUACUUGGGCAGGGAGAAGACGGACGCCAAUGAGGAAAGGAAGGAGGACGAGAGCAACGAGGCUAUGGAGGAUGUUGUUGAAAAGAUACCCACGAAUGCUAAGGAAUGCAUCAGAAAUGGGAUUCUUCUUUUUGUGAAGCUGUUCCACACAUCUAUCAAGAACCUUAUAACGGCAUUUCCUCCUGACUCGAAGACAAAAGAAGGGCAGGUGUUCUGGAUGCCACCCAAAAGACCACCCAGAACGAUCAACUUCGAUGUGAACAACGACCUUCACAUACUGUUUGUCCAAAGCGCUGCAAACAUAUUCAGCUUCAACUUUGGAGUAGGGCGGCAUAUAUCGAAGGAGAUGGUCUCUGAGUUUGUGAGGAAUGAGAUAUUAGUUGAGGAGUUUUCAACGGUGGCAGAUAACAUUUGUACAGAGGAGUCGCAAAGGCCAAGCGUGGAUCCCGACAUCAUAACACCCUGCAUCUUUGAGAAGGACGACGAUACAAACUUCCAUGUGGACUUCCUGUAUGCAGCAGCCAACCUCAGAGCAAUAAAUUACAAGAUAAAGCAGGCCGACAGGCUCACUGUGAAGGGGAUUGCAGGGAGAAUAAUCCCAGCCAUAGCAACAACGACGGCUGUUGUUUCUGGCCUGGCGAUUCUGGAGAUGAUAAAGUAUGCCCUGGGCGUAGACCACACUAAGCAUAAGAACUCGUUCCUUAACCUGGCUCUUCCCUUCUUUGCCAGCACAGAUCCUGUGGAACCCGUGAAGGAAUCGUACAAGAUUGAGAACAAGAAAUACACAUUCACUUUGUGGAACAGGCUGGAGUAUAAAGAUUCCAAGCUGGGAACGAUCCUUAAGGCCUUUGAGAUCCAGUUCAAAAGGAAGAUAUCGAUGGUCACUGCAGAAAGUGCUCUACUGUACUGGGACUUCGAUUCAAAAUAUGCUGAUAACUUGGAAAAGACCGUUGGAGAGCUAGUUAACAGGAAGCCAGAUGAGCUGUUUGUUGUUUUGGAUGUGAUAACAGACGAUGAGGAAGGAGAAUUCCCCAGGAUUGUAGUUGUUUUCGAAUAA